UCCACUUUUCCUCUAUUAUCUUUAGUAAACCUCCACCUAACAGUCAUCAACUACUUUUCCUCUAUUGCUAUCAUCUCAUCAUCUACUCUAGAUCUGCUCUCAUUCUUUGUUCCAUCUCAUAGUCAUCAACUUCUCUCAGUUCAAACCCAACACCUCACAGUCAUUUUCUGCUUUGUUACUCUCGAAUCAAAACUACACACAGUUGGAUUCAUCUUGGGCUACCUCUGCAUGUUUCUCUGGCUCCACAAUGCAUAGAUUAGAUUGAGCAAGGACAUCAUCUAGUUUUCUCCACUUCAAAGGAGUCGUAAUUCCCUUUUCCACCAGAUUCCAUCGCCCGUACGACUUGAAUAUGGUUACCAUCUUGAUUCUCCACAACUCGUAGUUCUCAUCGAAGAAGAUCGAAGUUCUUACUUCUGAACUUCCAGAUCCAGCCAUUUCUGAUCUCAGAUAAACCAAAAACAAGUUGUUUCAGGUCAAAAAUCGAGCUCCAACAACCUUUGCAGAACCUAGAGAGAGCUUCGAUAUGACUCAAUCGAUUUCACAGUUCAAACGCCCAAAUUCAGAUGAUCGAACCUGGCUCUGAGGCCAUCAUCAUAGUCCGAAGCUCCAGCCAGUAAUGGAAGAAGACGACGGCAGCAGCAAAUAUCCUGGAAAUGAAAUCAUCAAAUCCAAUGGUGCUGAUGCUGGGAUCUUCGCCUCUCGCACCUCUGAUGUCCGCUGGAGCAACACCGCCGAAGGCCAAGGUUCCAACGUAGGAACGAAACUGGAAGGUGACGGUCACAACUUGGGCAACAUCAAGUACAAUAUUAGUGAUAAUACGAUUACCGCACUCAAUGGAGAGUCAGAUGUUGGGAUGUUCAUCUUUCACAACAUAGGUUUCUACUGGAGCAAUGCCAGCCAAGGUCAAGGUGGACGUGAAGGAAACAAGGGCUUCCUCAAACCCAAAGAUGGCAAAACAAAAGGUGGCUCGAGCUCCGCCCAAGGCCAAGGUGGCGGUGGAGGAACCAAACCCAAAGGUGAUGGUUACAACAUUCGUGGCAAUAACAUUAAAGGAGAUGGAGAUAGGAAAGCGUUUCACAAGUUCGGCAACAUCGAAUACAACUUGAAGACAACUAAUACAGAAGAUGACGGCAGCACCAGCCAAGCCAAUAUACGUAGAAAUACAAUUACAGCAAGCAAUGGAGCCUCAUAUGUUGGGAUGUUCAACUUUCACAACGCAGAUGUCUGGAGCAAUGCCGGCCAAGGCCAAGGUGGCCGUCAAGGAAACAAGGGCUUCCCCAAACUCAAAGGUAUCAGUCACAACAUUUGUAAUAAUAAAAUUAGAGCAAAUAAAUCUACAAAUGUUGGGUUACAAAACUUUGGGAAUAUCAGAUACAACUGCAAGACUACUAGUAUAUAUGGAUGGUUGGGUUUUGUAGGCUUUUGGUAUAUAUUCCAGAAUUUCGUUGGCCCUAUGUGGUUAUGAAUGGAGGUAUAUCGUAAGAGUUUGAUGUUAUUUGUCGAACUCCUCUAUAUUAAUUUGUAUUAACAUUAUAUGAUUAUGGUUAGCAGUACGGUAGACAUGAGUAAAACCUUGCCCGUGACUUGAUCAGCUAA